GGCUCGCAUUUCAUCAAUAACAUUGAGAAUUCACACGCGUGAAAAUGAAAUAAAGGAAUACGAUGUUUCCCGGACUUAAUGCAUUGCUAGAAUGCAGUGACAGUUCUCCACCAAAGAACAAAUUCUUCCUGGUGUCAGAAAAGAACAACGAUGGAAGCUUCUUCAUUCACCACUUCUUGAACUUAUAUUUUAAAGGAGGAUUUAGAAUAUGCUUCAUAGCCUUGGCACAGUCCUUUGCACACUAUUCUAGUGUGGCACAAAAGCUGGGAGCUAAUCUUAAUGCAGCAUUGGGCAAAGGACAGCUGGUCUAUAUCGAUGGACUCAAGUUAAUAUCACACUCACUUGAUGCACAAACAGAUGAGAAUGAAACAGACAAUGGAAAUCCCUUCUAUGGUAUUAGGAAUGGUGAUUUUACCCUUCAGCAGCUAUAUAAACAGGUCCAGAAAUCCUUUGAGGGAGUCCAAGGUCCCUGUCUUCUAUUAGUUGAUGACUUGAGUAUUCUGCUUUCCCUUGGGGUCACUGCGAGUAAAGUACAUGACUUUGCUCAUUAUUGUAUGGUAUUAAUGUGCUACUCUUCUAAAAAGAUUUAUGGCUGCUUUGUGUGCCUGGUUGCAUGCGACAGUGAAGAUGAUGAUGAUUCUGUAUUACUAUGGAAACAGCUCUGUCACAUGGCUCAUGUUGAGGCUCACAUCACCAGCCUGAGUAGCGGCUAUUGUAAAGAUGUUCAUGGUCAGAUUGUUUUAACCCGAAGGGAACCAAAUAAGCUCUCAACUCAAGGAUACACUAAAACAACAAGCCAAUACAAGAUACAGGACAGAAUGGUCACCUUUUUUGCUCCUGGAACCUCAAAGGCUGUCUUAUGACAAAAUAAAUAGGAUGAAGGGAGUGAACAGACAACAGACAACCUGGGCUUGUCACACCAGGCAUUGCUUAAACUCAGGCCCUAACUGGUGCCAAGUGUCUAGAAAUUCUGCGAGAGAGACUAGGGGUGGGGAAAGGCGGUCACAAUCCCAAUUUAUGAGGCAGGUGGCUAGAGGGGGGGGGGAGACCCUUCCCUUCUAAUGCAAGGAGACUGCUAAGUUGAUCAAUUUAACUCUGGUAUACACCUUUAUUGAUACUUAAGAAGACCGUUGAUCUUGGUAUUUAAGAAAA